AGCGUUUGUGUGCAGAACAAUAAACUUCGUGAUGCCUUGCUGGUAAGAGGAAAUACAGCAACAGACAGGACAGGGAGGAGAAUGCCUCUGAUUCAUUCACCUGCUGGACUCUACAUCGGCGGCGUAUGAAUCCACCUGGCUGGAGACGCAGGGGACUUGUAAGUCAUGGCCAGCCUGGAGAGAAAUUGUCAAAUCCUGAUGAAGUUGGUGAGACUGCCACACAACAAUCUGUGUGCUGACUGUGGAGCUCCUGGUCCAGACUGGGCCUCCUACACAUUGGGUGUGUUCCUGUGCUUGAACUGCUCAGGGAUGCACCGCAACAUACCAAAUGUCAGCAAAGUCAAAUCCAUCCAUCUGGACCUGUGGGAAGACUCUUUGGUCGAGGCUAUGCAGAAAGCUGGAAACCAUGCAGCAAAAGCCAUUUAUGAAAAGUGUGUGCCUGCCUUCUUCUACCGGCCGCAGCACAGGGACUGCGUCGUUCUAAAGCAGCAAUGGAUCUGUGCGAAAUACGAGAGGCGAGAGUUCACUGGAGAAAACAACAGCUCUGUGCAGGUGUACAACUCAGAUGUGUUUCAGUCGGUUCUGUGGAAGAAGGGGCGAGACAACAAACGCUUCUUGAAGAGGUCAUUUGUUCUCUUGCGGAAAGACCUCACCCUCAGAUACUUCGUCAAAGAAGAUAGUCCGAAGGCUGUGAUCAGCAUGAAGGACCUGAACGCCGUUUUCCAGCCGGAGAAGAUCGGACACGCUCACGGCCUGCAGAUCUCCUACUUGCACGGGCAACAGACACGCAACCUGUUUGUCUACCAUGAGAAUGGACAGCUAAUCGUGUCCUGGUUCAACGCCAUCAGAGCCGCUCGUUUGGAUUAUCUCCAGAGAAAACAUCCAACUCUCCGAGUCGCUGAUCUAUUACCUCGGAUCACCAGACUUCACCUAAUGGAGGGAUACAUGGAGAAAACUGGGCCCACGCAGCGGGAGCCCUUCAAGAAGCGGUGGUUCACUCUGUGCUCAGUGAGCAGGAAACUUCUCUACUACAAAUGUCAACUGGAUGCUACAGAGCUGAACGCUGUCUUUAUUGGGACGGAGAACUACGGCUAUUCUGUGUCCGAGCUCAGCAGUAGGGGCUCCAGAGGAGGGCACUGGGGGUUCGGCAUCUCUCUGCAGACUCCAGAGAGGCAGUAUGUGUUCAUGUGUGAGGAGGAGCCGGAGCAGAAGGAGUGGCUGGAGGCCUUCACAAGGGUCAUUGCUCAGCCCAUGACGCCGGAGGACUAUGCCAAUGAAGCCAACCUCAGCCGAGGGAAAUGACCCAACUGAUCAUGCCGCUUUGGAUCUAAGACAAGGGACAUUUGACAGAGCUGAACUGUCUCUCUACCUCAGAUGCGUCCAAACUCUUCUUUUCACUGACCACAUCUUCAAAUGGAACAAGACUGAAACUUGCCUUUUGAAAAUAUCAGUCAUGUAGCAUGAAGUAAACGCAACCAUGAGGAUUUUGAGUGUAAAUCUCAUCUUUAUUUUUAACAUGACAAAUUAUUACCGUUAUUAACAUUGAAGUUUAAAACCCAUGAGAUCCCAAGAUUUUUCACAUGUUCAGAACAUGAGACGCAUGUAUCCGAAAAAGCUCUAGUUGGAGGACUCUAGUUCCCUCGUGUGUUUAGGGUGAGAGGCUGGGGAAAGCGUGGAAGUCAAUGAAAUGCCCCCACAAAACUUUAAAACACGAGAUGUGUGUGUAUGUGUGUUUUGCGCAAUGUGGCAUUUUAGCUUCUCAUCUGUGUCUGCAUGUUUUGGCUCUUCUUGUCAUCUUUAUUAAUUAAAUUUUGCAUCUUUUUUUUAUACCACGCCAGAGCAUAUUGAU